AGNGCUGCAAGCUCUGCCUGCCAGGCCGCGUGGGAACGAUGGCAGACGAUCAAGGCUGUGUUGAGAAUCAGGGAGCUGGAGAUGCAGCAAGCGAGGAUGUAGUUGAUGCUAAGCCAGACCGGUCCUCCUUUAUCUCAUUGCUCAGUAAGAAGAAAAAUGACGCUGGGAAAUCAAUCAAAGCUACCCGGAGCCGAGAGCCUGCAUAUCAGUAUAACAUGGAUUUUGAGAAGGUGGGCAAAUGCAUCAUCAUAAACAACAAGAACUUCAACAGAUCGACAGGUAUGUCCGUCCGGAAUGGAACAGACAGAGAUGCUGACGCCCUUUUCAAGUGCUUCCGAAAACUGGGUUUCGACGUGGCCGUCUAUAAUGACUGCACUUGUACCAUGAUGAAGGAUCUGCUGAAGCAAGCUUCUGAAGAGGACCACAAAAAUGCAGCCUGCUUCGCCUGUGUCUUAUUAAGCCAUGGAGAAGAAAACUUGAUUUAUGGAACAGAUGGCAUGACACCAAUAAAGGACUUGGCGGGCUAUUUUAGGGGCGAUAGAUGCAAAACCCUUUUAGAGAAACCCAAACUCUUCUUCAUUCAGGCGUGCCGUGGGGCAGACUUCGAUGACGGGAUCCAGGCCGACUCGGGGCCUAUCAACGACCCAGAUGCCAACUCCCAGUGUAAGGUCCCAGUGGAGGCCGACUUUCUCUUCGCCUACUCCACAGUUCCAGGCUAUUACUCCUGGAGGAACCCAGGAAGCGGCUCCUGGUUUGUGCAGGCCCUCAGCUCCACCCUGAACGAGCACGGGAAAAGCCUGGAGAUCUUACAGAUCCUCACCAGAGUGAACAACAGGGUGGCCAGGGACUUCGAGUCUCAGUCUGAAGACCCACGCUUCCACAAGAAGAAACAGAUCCCCUGCCUGGUCUCCAUGCUCACCAAAGAGCUCUACUUCUGCAAAUAACCAUUCCAGGGGUGCACUCCAGCUGAAAAGCAAUUGCUCGUUUGUUCAUGAGUCAGGCUUUUUUUUUUUUUUCUCUUGAAAUAUACAGAAAUUUUAAUUUUAGGAAAAUUUAUUGAUUGAAGGAAAAAGAAACUUGCUGGUGCUGUCUUAGGUUCUCUGGAUUUUCAAAGACUUUUUUUUUUUUUUUUUACAAUGGUAUCUAUUUGAUGAUGUUGUAAUUUCCUCUGAAGAUUAUUUUCUGGUUGUAUUUUUUUUGGUGUUGUCGCACUUAAUACAUACAACAAAAAUGACCUCCGCAGAUGACUCUCGGCUGUGUCCAGUGUGCUUGGUAAAUCGUCACAUUCCUAUUUGUACCUGGCAAAGAGAGUUGCAGUGCUUGCCAAAACACAGCCGAGGGGCUGUGCAGUCCCCUGUAUCGCAGAAAGUGGGUAUUGAGUGUGAUUUGAGUGAUUUUUCAGUGGCUUAGGGCAGAUUCUCGAGCAGAAAUUCCCAGAGAAGUUAGAGAGGAAAAUAAUGUAAUGAUUCUAAUAAGUACCAGUCAGGAAAACAGAAACCAUUCUAGGUGUUUCAGUAGAGGGAAUUUGCUAGAGGAAAUUGACUUAUGUAGAUGAUAAAAGAGAAGCCAAAUAAAAGGAAGCUGUUACCACUGAGGGCUGUGAGGAGGUGUGGUUCCCUGAGACCUGAAGCUAGGGUCAUCCACAGGAGCGGGAACCUCGCCUGGAGAGAGCUAGGCCCACCAAGGAGUUAUAGAAAAUGGAGCCAUGGCAGGGACCAAGCCACUGCCUGAGAUGGGACAACACCAGAUAUCUGAGUCAGACGUGGAGAAAUAUCCUGUCUUCACUUCUGCCUUUGAGUCUUUCUCCAGCACCUUACCCUUCCAGCCCCACCUGGAAUCCAGCUAACAAGGGCCCUGGGAAGUGUAAGAGCAAAGAAAGAGAUAGUGAGGCAGGGGAGGAACAAGAAGUGGAUAUAAGACUGCCCAUAAUGUGAAUAGACGUCAUCACAUUCCAUGAUGUUCAACAAUCCCUCCAUUCAAUCAUUUAUUCAUUCACUUCUCAGAUAAUCUACGUACGAGUAUUGCCUGCCAUGUGCAAAAUAAUCUGUUUUAGUUUUUAAGAUAUACCUGGAACUUUUUAAAUUAUUCCAAGCCUUAUCCUCAGUAAAUUUUGUGUUACCUCUACUUCUGUAAAUUAGGGAAAGUUUAUGGAAAGAUUUUUGCUUUCAAAGUCAUGUUACCUUUUUAAUUCUUGGUAAAUUACUAUGCUAUUCUCCGAAUAACUGGUUAGCAAACAAAUGUGUAUAUUUAUUGAUUAAAAUGUGGUUCUUAAUU